AUGAAGAUUAUUGUUCUCAUCGCCCGCAUCAUCCAGGCGAUUUUCGCCUUGUUGACCCUGGGAUUCGCCAUCGCUGUCGUCAACUGGUUCAACAUGAAGUCCGGCAAGGCGUCCCCCGGAGCUUUCAACGUGCUCGUAGCCGUCCCACUUGUCGCUCUUCUCGCGCUCUUCUAUUUGGAGGUUGUCCCGCGCAUUGCCCCUAGCGCAUCUCACCCGAUUCCCUCUCUCGUCUGCGAGGCCAUUCCCAUUAUCCUCUACCUCGCCGGAUGUGGUGUGGCCGCCCAUUUCGUCAUGCGCCUCGACACCUGCCUCGGUAUCAUCUGCACCUGCGCCAAGAUGGCCCCUGUCUUCGCUGGUCUCUCCGUGCCUCUCUGGAUUUUUACGACUAUUCUCAUGGUCAAGCAGAUCUUCACGCAUGGUUUCCGCAGACCAUCCGCGAGCAGGCCCGCCAUGUCCCAGGCGUAA